AUGGCCUUCAACUUUGACGACACAUUCAGCCUGGAUCAGCCCGGCCUGGAACUCUCGUUGAACGACUUUUCAUUCGAUCCCACCCAGGCAAACCUCCAACAGCACCAGCAGCAACUUCAGCUGCAGCAACACCAACAGCAGGACCAACACAGGGAGCUGCACAACAUGCUGCUCCAGGACAAUGGCAACAACAGCAAUAACAACAACACCACUAUCAGCAAUGGUAUACAGGCUGGGUCGAUCAACACCGUCCCUGUGUCAUCAGGAGGAUUUGAUUUUCAUCCAUCCGCACUUUCGACAGAUAUGAUGGUUCCCGCCUCCGCAUCAACCACUCCCGUUUUCCAGACAAACCCGGACAAGAUCGCCCAGUCAUUACAGCAGCAGUUACAGCAGCAGCAGCAACAACAACAGCAGCAACAAUUGUUCUUGCACCAACAGCAGCAGCAGCAACUUCACCAGCAGCAGCAGCAGCAGCAGCAACAGCUUCAACAACAGUUGCAACAGCAACAGCAGCAACCAACACAACAACAACAGCAGCAGCAGAAUUUCCAUUCUCCACAUCACCACCAUGUCCAACAACAACAGCAACAACAAGCACAAUUGGUCCACCCUAUUCCAGCCAGUCAGCAGGAGCAGCUACUCACCCCUGCCUCCAGCGACUUUUACAACACGGAUUACACUCAAUACAUGUCGCCUCUUGGAAUCGCACCCGCACCGGAUACAACAGAUGCAGCAGCCAUGGUGAUUACGGACCAAUUUGACGACGACGAGGUAUUCUUUACGCCCUUGAUCUCGCCCGCGAUGACCCCGUCCCACCCGUACUCAAAUCUCCCGCACGCCCUGUCGACAGCCAACGAGAUAUUUUCACCGCUCACCUCCCCAGCACUGCAGCCUCACCGGACAUCCGCUAUCGAUUAUCUCUCUUUUUCCGGCCAGAGUUUUAGCCCGCUGCCUAUGCAGCUCCACCAGGCUCAAUCGGCCCAGCAGCAACUCCAACAACAACUUCAGCAACUUCAAUCUCAGCCGCAGGUGGAUUUGUCGCAACAACAGCAGCUCCAAACCCAACAGAACCAACAACAGCUUCAGUUCCAACAACAACAAAGCCAGAUUUCUCAAGCGUCUGGAAGCAAGACACCUCGGAUCGAUAUGCGGAGUCCAGCGCUCAACGCUCAGCAACAACGCCCACCUAUGAAGCGGAAAACGACCGUUGAGCGUGUCACCAAUGGGCUGACCCCUGCUGUGCCUCGAUCGGCAGGCCCUGUCAGAGUGGCCCUCUCCAAGAACUCUCCUGCAUUGCGCCCCAUCGCCAGCCCGAUGUCUCCAGCGACCCUUCGGAAACAGCAAGCAAGUCGGCCACGGUCCUCACCAAUCGCACCAGCAUCACCCCUCACCAUGCACUUUCCUACCAAUCGGCCAAGUCCGUCACCCCUCCUCAUAUCGACAGCCCACCCAAGCAGUCAAACAACGCAGGCGUCCCCUUCACCUCGUUUGGUGACCAACAUGCACCAGCUUUCGAUGGUGCCGUCAUCUCCCUUGGGCUUUGUCAAUUUAUCGAAUGGUCCCCUCAGUCCGGCUCUUUUCGCUCUGCCAGCCUCGUCCAUGAUGCCUCCACCACGGUCACCGAUGAUUCUGCCUUCAGCAUCGCAGAACCAGGCUUUGAAUACCCAGAGGCAACUCAGCUUGGUUCAGCCCCAGCAUGUUAUCGCGCAGAACCAGCAUCAACUUUCCAUCCAUCAACCCAUAUCUGCCGCCCAACCAUCGCCAGCAUUGAAACCGAUCGCAGAAAACGGAACGGUCAACAAGAGUCCCGGCAGCUCUGUUGCCGUGGCCAACCCUACGGCCGGACUAGCAGCAUCAUCCGUAUCGAUUGCACCGAAGUCCGCUCUCGCACCCGUCACCCCCGCAUCGCUCAUGAACUUGGGAGCAGGAUCUGGGUCUGAAUCGACACCAACCUCGUCUCCCAAAUUUGGAGUUCACGCCAAGGUUAAAACAGGAUCCAACCACUCUUCCACACCUACUUCUGCCUCUGGAGACCUCCCCUCUACUCCUGCCACUGCUGCCACAGCUGCCACAGCUGCGGCAGAGCCCAAUUCGACAACUUCCGCAUCCUCAUCCACUUCUUCGACCCCAACAAGUUCCUCGGCACAAAAGAGGGGGACCAAACGCCAGGCAAAUGGAGAUGCUAUCGGAUCUGGCAUCUUGGCCCCCUCUACGCCCCGUCAAGUACCCCUUACGCCUGGAUCUUCCAUGAUCUCCCCCAUGCCCCCACCAGCUAACGGAUUCUCUCUGAUUUCGCCCGCCCUCAAGCCUACGCACAUGGCCCACCGCGGCAGUACCUCGAUGAUGGUCUCUCCCCGUAUGCAGCCCUUGCUCGUCUCUCCCAGCUUGAAGCCUUGGUUACCUGGAGUAUCACCCAGUGAGGCCAUGGCCAGGCUGGCGUCCAAGUCCAACUACCAGAACAUCCUGGAUGGCGAUCAUACGGCACUGGGCUUAUCGUACAAUACCGAUCUCCAUUCUGGUAUCGAGCUCCGCAGGACAUCCCACAAGGCCGCGGAGCAGAAGCGACGAGACUCGCUCAAGAACUGCUUCGAUGACCUGCGACAGAUGAUCCCCAAUAUCCAAGAGAAAUCCCCAUCCAAGGUCUUUUUGUUGAAGAAGUCGUUUGAUUAUAUCUGUAAUCUUAAGGCGGAGGUUGCGAAUCGGGAUUUGGAACUGGCGCGUGUCCGAGCGGAGCAUGAGUUUAUGAAGAACGCGAUGAAGGCUUGGAUGGUGACCUUGCCCGACGAUAGCCCAUACAAGUCCGUGUCUGUGGCCCCGCCUGUGACCGACAAGGAUGCAGAAGGAGAGGCGAAGGCGGAGGAGACCAGGAAGGUUGGAUUGCUGGAGUCUUGGACGAUACCCGAGGAGGAGCUAAAGAAGUCGAUUAGCAAGGAGACCGAUGCCGCUGCCCGUGCUGCAGAGAUUGCUGAGAUGAGUGCCUUGGCCGUCGAGGCUGCUCGUACCCAGCCUGGAGGUCAGAGUAAGGGAGGCAAGGAUAGUCAAGGUGAUGGCGAGGACAGCGAUGAGGAUAUAUCUACGACAUUCAAGGCCAAGAAGCCUGCCAACAACAAGUCUGUCUCGGGAUCCAAAGGCAGUAGCGGUGCCAGCAGUACUGCUAACAAGAAGUCAGCAAAGGGCGGACCAAGCUCUACUCCUGCUUCGGCACUGUCAUCUUCAACCCCGGCUACUGCUGCGCUUGCUGAGUCUGUAAAUGGAGCGUCGUCGAUUCAAAGCAAGGACGGCGAUACGAUCAUGGAGCCAUUGCCCCCAGCCGCUCUCCCCUUGGCUACCAAGAAGUUUCAGCCUAAUGGAACCAAGGCGAAAGGCGGGAAGGUCGACGAGGAUGAGGAUGACGAUGACGAGGAUGAUGAGGAAAGCGAGGACCAGGAAAUGGUGGAUGCUACAUAG